AUGCCAGAUGAUGCAGCAGUUUGGAAAGUAAAGGUCAUUGUCAAAAUGAUAAUUUUGAACUCAAUGCAUAAGUUCCAGCCAAGGGUGCACAUCAUUAAGAAGAAAGAUCACACAGCCUUAUUGCUCAACCUGAAGUCUGAAGAAUUUAGAACUUUCAUCUUUCCAGAAACAGUUUUUACGGCAGUCACUGCCUACCAGAAUCAACUGAUAACGAAGCUGAAAAUAGAUAGCAAUCCUUUUGCCAAAGGAUUCUGGGAUUCCUCCGGGCUCACUGACCUUGAGAGGGAAAGUGUGGAGAUCCUGAUUCAAAAGCAUUCCUAUGCACCUUCACCCAUCCGUACCUAUGAAGGAGAAGAAGAUGUCUUGGGGGAUGAGAGUCAGACAACCCCAAAUCGAGGGUCAGCCUUUACAACAUCUGAUAAUUUGUCUCUCAGCUCCUGGGUAUCAUCUUCUUCCAGUUUUCCUGGGUUUCGGCACCCACAGUCCCUGACUGCUCUUGGCACCAGCACAGCAUCCAUAGCAACACCCAUUCCUCACCCCAUCCAGGGUUCUCUGCCGCCAUGUAGCCGACUGGGAAUGCCUUUGACCCCAUCGGCCAUUGCCAGCUCCAUGCAAGGGAGUGGCCCCACAUUCCCUUCAUUCCACAUGCCGCGAUACCAUCACUAUUUUCAGCAGGGGCCCUAUGCUGCCAUUCAAGGACUACGCCAUUCCUCUGCUGUGAUGACGCCAUUUGUAUGA